CAAGCAACAACCGGAAGGGGGCCACUGGGAAUGGGUGAUGAAGUGAUGACGUCAGAGGUGACUCGUGGAGUCGAUGACGAUGCAGUGCUUCCAUGGUCGGAUCGAUGCUAGCACGGAAAGCACACGAGAGACAAUAACAACCCUCCAGAAACAAAUCUCGAGAUCGGUUCUCUACCAAAACAAAUCUGCACCAGUUCCCUAUCCUACAAAGAACCAACCCGACACAGAAACAAUGGCCGGACAGCGGCACGACGACGCGCACCCCAACCCGCUCGAGGGCGGGCAGCAGUCGGCGCACAACAUCAAGGACCCGCUCGACACGUACAGCCUGGCCGACCGCGCCAACAAGGAGAAGAAGGAGGAGAAGGAGGAGGACGAGCGCAAGGCCUCCCAACAGGACGUCCCGCCCACCGCCGCGGCCAGGGAGCACGGCAACAAGCCCUCGAGGGGCGCCGUCAUGGACGAGCAGCUGCAGAAGGAGGACGAGGAGCGCCUGCGCCAGAUGGACGAGUCCAAGAAGGCAAAGUCGCACCAGUAGGCUGCGGGUCAUGUGGGCACGACAUGAUUGGACUGUGCGUGGUCAAUGGAAUGCCGCCGUGAUGGGCCUGUUUUUGGGGGUUAGCUAGGCAAUGCUGACCACUAAAGCAAAGUCUCUGUUUAUCACUUUCCGGCUACGAAGUGAUCAAUGCUGAGGAGAAGGGAAUAGAAAGCAGCAACUCUAAUGAAUGGAAAGUAAACUCCAAGCCGACGCCUGUAUGCAAUUCCAUCGCAAGAUAGACCUAGACCGUCUUCAAGAUGCCACACCUACACAUACAAUCCAUCACUCCAUCACUCCAUCCUUCCUUGAACCCAAAACCUUGAUAGAGGUCAACGCAAAAAAAAGGGAGAAACCUAGAACUGGAGAUUUUUAAACGCAUGCCCAAGGGAAAACAAAGAAACCC